CUCAGACGUGAACUGGUUAAUAGUUGUUUCAACUGUUUGACUCUGCAAGAGAUUUGGAUGCCAACAAUAUUGUUUUGACACUUUUAGUGAUGGAUCCACUGGGACAGGAAUUACAUGUAUGUACAUAAAAAACUUGAUCCUUUUGUUCAUAAAAAAGAAUAUAAGGGAUAGACAGCAGCAAGGCCAACUUAAACUGGCACACCAACACCUCUGGUCAUCAUGGAAACUACAUGGUCGCCCAAUGAAGGAAGAAAUGUCACUUCAAACUCAACAGCAGAUACUAUUGAGAAUGAACAGGAAUCGCCAACGCUGUAUAUUUUUGUUACCAUUUUUAACACACUCACGGUCCUUCUGAUUUUCCUUCUCAAUCCGUUGAUGCUUUUCACUUUACGUCGUGUCACCAGUGUCCAGACGACAACCAAAAUAUUCAUGGCUUCUCUCACCCUGUCUGAUUUAUUAAAUGGUGCAUUCUGGAUCCUUAGAAUAGUGGAAAUAACUGCCGGAUCUUGGUUGCUGGGGGAUUUUCUCUGUGCAGCAAGUGACGUCUGUACUAUUCUUUUUGAUGGAUUGAGUAUUCUGUCUCUGUUACUUCUGACUAUGGAUCGUUAUAUAGCUAUUUCACGACCUCUUCGGUACCUUUCAAUGAUGAGUGUGUUCAGAUCAAAGCUGAUUGUAUGCAGCACCUGGGCUGUAUCAAUCUUGUUUUGUAUUCUAAUUUAUGGGAUUCACGCAUAUUCUAUUAUUGUACAGAAUGGUCUCAGUCGAGUUUGUCUCGGAGGAAAAUAUGACUGGAGGGUUUUUCUCACCAUUACGGUGAUCAUUAUCUCACUAGCAACCAUAUUCAUCCUGUAUGCACAUAUCACCAUUAUAGCUCGCAAUCAAGCCCGACGUAUUGCUGCUGAAAACCAAGCAGGCAAUGGUCAAGGUGGGCAGAGAAUAAACACCAGAUCAACCACCACCAUCAUCAUCAUAACAGGGACUUUAAUCAUCACCUGGAUUCCAUCAGUGAUCAGGUUAGCGAUAGUUUCACAAAACCAAUGGGGAACAUCCAACAAGUACUUGGCCUUCAUGCUCACCCAAGCUCUGGUGUUGUCCAAUGGCUGGAUGAAUGUGAUUAUUUAUUAUCUGAGAAACAAGGAUCUUCGCAUGGCACUACGCAGUUUACUGUCUAACUGGCAUCACACUCUAGUCCAAAGAUUCUUACCUUAGUAUUCAGGAGAAGUUUAAUACUUUUUUGUAUUUAUAAAGUAACUUGUUUGACAAGGACAUGCUAGUUUAAAUCUUGAGAUUACUUUUUGAUUCCACAUAGGGUAUUGUUCAAUAAUCCAUGCACAUUUAUAAUAAACAAGCACAGACCAAUACGAAUACUCAACUGUACAAAGCCUCUAAAAACAUGUAUGUGGAAAGCCGGCCUCAGGUCGACCUUGCAACGACACAAAUCAGUCGGCGACUGAAGUUUCAGGAUCAAGCUGCAUCUGAGCUACGACCGUCAGGAACAACUCAGUUGCCGAUUUUGUGCAACCUGAGUGCAACUGCGAUGAUAUUAAAACGAUCGGCAUCAGUUGGCGCUAAAACAAAUCACCAGUCGCAAGAGUAGAAAAAUUUCAACUUC